CUCUAGGUGGAGUCUGGAGCCCGUUGGACCUUCAGAUGGGAGGAGGCACCAAGGCUUUGUUGUUAUAGUAUAGGCUUAACCACGGCCAGCGUUUCCUUCCCACCGGCUAACGUGUCGUCUGUCCUAUUUUCACCGGAGCAGAGACAGCGAGGAAGGAGACUGCAGCCUGUGUGUCCGAGCGGUCAAGGAAGAAGAAGUGGGGCGAAAGGAGUGACGGAGGCCACCCGCAAACAUAUUCAACAAUGAUCUGCUGCACAAUCCAGAGUAUAUGGCUUCAGCAAGGACCUCCACCCCUCCUACAGAGUCUUUGACAAACUGGGGGAACAGACCCAGUGUCGCCCUCUGACCAUAAAUGUGACUGGUGUCAGACUCCCUCAUUCCUGCUGCAAUGAAGAGUCACAGCCUGCUGUCCCUCACUGUGGUCUUGCUGGGUUGUCUGAGCCUGUGUCUGGCAAGACUCACUCCUAGAGUCUCCUUCCCAAUGGGUAGUCCUGGGAGACGACUCACCCGCUUCAGUAGCCAUGAUGUCUGCAACACCACCACAUUGCUUCUCAGUGAGGGUGGAGACAUGCUGUAUGUAGGAGCCAGAGAUGCUGUGUUAGCACUGGAUGUUAGCCACAAGGACGCCAUCAUACUGAAGACCAAGCUGGACUGGAGCCCUUCAGACAAAGAUGUAGAGCAAUGUUCCAUGAAAGGCAAGAAAAUGGCUGACUGUCCCAAUUUCAUCCGUGUACUGCAGUACUUGAACGCCUCCCAUAUCUACGCUUGUGGAACAUUUGCCUUCAGCCCACGCUGCACCUAUGUUGACUCAGAGACGUUAUCGAUGAGCAUCAAGCCUGAUGAAGGCAGAGGUCGGUGUCCCUAUGACCCCUACCAACGCAACACUGCUAUCAUCGUAGAUGGAGAGCUGUAUACUGGGACAGUGGCAGACUAUAGGGGGAACCGACCAGUUAUCUCCCGGCAUCUCAGUGAGGGCAGGCGUGUUGACCUGAAGUUGGAUGACACAUUGGGAUGGCUGGAGGAUCCGACCUUCAUCAGCUCCAGUUUCAUUCCUGAUGAGGAGAAGAUCUACUUCUUCUUCAGUGAAGUUGGAAGAGAGUAUGACUUCAUCGACAAAUUUAUUGUCUCUCGUGUUUCUCAGAUCUGCAUGAGUGACAUUGGUGGCCAGAGGACCCUGCAGCGACGCUGGACCACAUUUGCAAAGGCUCAGCUAUUGUGCCAGGCUGACAAUGAGCUACCCUACAAUGUGAUCCAGGAUGUUGACACCCUCCCAUCAGCAGAGGGAGCUUCUGCAGAUGACACUCUGUUUUAUGGCAUCUUCACCUCACAGUGGUCUGUAAAUUCUGGACAAUCAGCAGUGUGUUCAUUCCGUUUGAGUGACAUCAAAUCAGUUUUCUCUGGUAACUACAAAGUCCUAAACCGAGACACGUUACAGUGGAGCACACGUGUUCAAGAGAAGGUCGCAAAUCCAGGAGAGUGUGGACUGCACAAUGCAUCAGACAACGCCCUGCGCUUUGUCAAAGAAAAUUUCCUGACAGACGACAGUGUUCGGCCAGUUGGAAGAAGUCUGACCAUGGUAUCUGCUGAGCAUAAGUACAGCCACCUGACUGUUCAGAGGGUCCAGGCUGCCAACAGCAGAGACUACACUGUCCUGUUUCUGCUUACAGAAUCUGGUUACUUACACAAAGCAGUGCUGCUGCCAAGUGGGGCCCAUAUCAUUGAGGAGGUCCAGGUCUUUGAACAGUCUCAGCCUAUCAAGAGCCUGAAGCUAUCCAUACCCAAGGGUGUGAUAUAUGUUGGUACAUCAGAGGGUGUGGUGAGGGUUCCAACAGCAAACUGUUCCUUUUACUGGACCUGUGCUCAGUGUGUGCUGGCCCGAGACCCCUUCUGUGGUUGGGACACUGCCAACAGGGCCUGCGUGGAGGCAUCUAUCACUCAGAUCAGUUUAAGCCAGGAUGUAGACACAGGCAAUGUUGAGGAGGCAUGCAACAGUGUUACAAUACCACAUCGAGCCAGAUUCGGACCAACCAAACUGUCUGCAACAUCAUGUCCUAUAGGUGAGCUGGUGUCUGUCACUCUAAAUGAAGUGGUGCGACUUCAGUGUCCCGCGGCAUCACAGCUGUCCCAGGAGAUGUGGGAGCGUCCUAACAGCCGGCUGUCCUCAGACCUAUACCUGCACCUGGGGGACGGGAGUCUCAGCUUUGUGGCCACCCCUGCCACACUGGGACACUACCUCUGUCUGUCCACUGAGAAUGGCUACCGGCAGACUAUGGCCAUUUAUCAUGUAAAACAGAAGAGCAGUCCAGUGGCUCAAAUUCCAACCAACUACACCCAGCCUCAGACACAACCCAUAACCACAACACAGACUGUGUCUAGAGGUGGACCUGGAUUGCACACCUCUGGGACUCAAAGACAGGAAAUAAGAAAUGGAGAGACUGAGCCAACACUUUCAAGCAGGGACACUCAGGUCAUCACCAGGCAGCAGGGCAGGAACCUGACUAUGUGGACACAUCAAUCUGGGCAGAAGGAGGUUGGCUUUCAGGAUGGGGAGUCUCUGCACUUAGCUCGAGGCCCCUGCUAUCUAAAGGAGCUGGUGGCUGUAUCAGUUCUGCUGGUGCUUUCCCUUAGUUUACUGAUCACCAUGCUUUUGUACGUCAUCAGACAGCGGUGCCACAGCCGAACAGCACCACAUGCAGGGACUCCAACCAGAGACUCAGACAGAAGGACCCCUGUGGAGCAGGAGGCCCUCAGGGGGAACCAGUCUCUUAGUAAACGCAAUGGACAAACCCUGCACAGUGUACAAGCCAGUGGUUCAGGCUGUAAAGGAUCACUGACAGGCUCUAAUGGACAUCUGCCCAACACUCCCAUCUGAACAGUUCCAGAAAUUUUAGCUGUUACAGAUAAGACCAGAUGAGAGUGGUGUAGGGGGUGAGGGGGUUGGUAAUUCCAGUGGUACUUAAUUGCAGACAUAUACUUCUUUUUUGUGUCCAGAAGCUAAAAAACAGGCUGUGACAUUCUGGAUGUUUCACUUACUAGAAUGUGAAAGCUGAUCCAGUACAAUUUGUUCUCUCUGUAUUUUUAUAGUACAGUCAGUCUUUGAUCUACAGCUGCACAAUAUUAGGAAAACAUGCGAAAAACGUUGUUGAAUAUUGCAAUGAUGAUAUCACUUAAUAAUAAUAAACAAAUGCUAGUA